CGCAGUUCUUCGAUAGAUUUCGAAUCGCGUCAGAUAUCAGACAUAAAAUUCGCUGCCGCGAGUCACGUUCGAGUCCGCACAUUUUUACACUCACGUUCACAUUUUCACGCGUAAAAGUGUGUUUUUGUGCAUAGAAAACAUCGACGCAGCUUAUUGCAUCGCGAGCUAACCGAGUAUUCGAUUGAAAAUGAGAAAAUUCUGACAUGUCAUUUCUGACAUUGUCUGUAUCGGACAACUUCGCUAAAGUGUGACACCUUAUAAUUACGCAAUUCGGGAUACCUCGUCGAUUUCUCAACAUCGCUGCUGCUCGAUUCUAGUCCACUCGACUUUUAUUAUGAAGUGUCGACUCGGCAAAUUGCGCUGACACUUGAAAGCGUUAUUGACGAAAGUCCCGAAGUAAUACAGUGUGACAAAGUGUGGUAGAAUGCCGAAAGCCAAGUAUCUUGACGAGGACAGACUUCCUUUUUUUCUGGAUGAGAGCGAGGCUAAGAUUGUUGAUCUUCCGUACAUGUACUUCGAAGGCCCGAUUCAGGGUGCUCAGUAUAAUUCACCGAUGCUCAAAGGUGUCGCACAUCAGUUAAGAAGAUGGCCGAACGAUCUGUUCUCCUCGUUUAUAGCAGCGUGUCUCAUCAUUAGCGGCUUGGUCCUUUUUGCUUUCAUCACGGCAAUAUUUUGCACACCGGUAACAAGCAAUGAUAAUUACUGUGAAUACAAUAUGUUGGAAGACGAGCAUUCAUUCAAUGUCUAUUUCGUGAAGGAAGCUGGGCAAGUCUGGUCCAGAAAAGAAUUCUGCUAUAUCGAGGCUGCGGCGAGAGAACAACCCGAUUUGAACAUACAUUUGAUUAAUUUGAUGCGCACUUCCGAUACAUUAAAUAUUCCGGAAGCUCAUAUUAAAAUGGCACUAGCUACUCAAAAUACCAAUAUUCACAUAGCCGAUUUAUCGAUUGACGAAUUCUUCAGCAAGUCAAAUUUAUCGAACAUUGCGAAAAGUUUGAGCAAUGGAUUGUUGCUGAUGGCAGCAAGAGCAUAUUUACUCUGGAAUUCUCCCGGAGUCGCUAUGCAUCCUAGUGCAUAUUGCAACCUGUCGAGUAUCAAUAAAUUUCGGUGGAGUAAGGAAGAGAAACGAAAUUACACGCCUAACAAAUUGUUCACGAUUGAUCCGACAAUCGAUUUGCAAGCAACAGGAAUACAAUGUCAAGCAUUUUUAGGAUUUUUAUUACAGGAAAUAUCAAAAAAUGCUACGCAAAUUUAUAAUUUAAAAGAUGUUUUGCAUAAAUUUUGUCCAAGAAUUGAUAAGUGUCCUGAAGUACAAAUACUUGAUUUAAAAUCACGAUGUUCCGUCAACGUUCUCGACUGUCCUACCGUCCUACCAACUAGAAAUUUUUAGAAAUUAUAUAUAACUAAAGAUCUUGUUUUCUCUCCUUGUAAAGGAAAAGUUCAAUAUAACUGGACCUGAAAAUUAAAAAAAUAAAAAUGAGAAAAAAAACGUGAUAUUUAGAUUUUUAUACUAAGAAUUUACGAAAGAUGAUAAGAUUUUACGAAAUUAAAAGAUAAGACAAAAUUAUAUAGAAAAGAAAAUAUAUUCUUCUUUAAUUUAAAUACUGCUGCAAAUUUUGUGAAAAAAUGUGUAUGAUAUAUACAGUACAGAAUACAAGCUAUAUAUAUAUAUAUAUAUAUA